AGAGAGAGAGAGAAGGAAAGGAGGGGAUAGGGAGGGUGUUAGAGAGAGAGAGAGAGAGGAGAUAGGGAGGAACAGGGGUAGAACUAGAGGAGAGAGAAGACCGGGGAUAGGGAGAAAAGAGACGAGGAAAAGGAAGAGAUUGAAGGGAAGGAGAGCGAGUGAGAAAGAAAGAAAGAAGGGGAAAGGUCCAAGGGGAGAAUAGAGCGAGAGGUAGGAAUAGGGUUGGGGGGACGGGGAGGUGAGGGAGCCUGCAGAGUGCAGAUCGGCGACACCCCGUCCCCUCCUCUCUCGACUCCAAGAUUUGAUACCCGAGGGCAGCAUUCAACGACAGAACCAUGAAAGAUCUAUCCUCCCACGAGCACAACAAUGAAGCUUAUAAACUAUUGAAACAGAUAAACCAAUACUUGGAACAAGAAUCUAAAUUUUUACCACGCCCGAGAGGUCUUGAUGCAAUAGAAUCAACCUUGGAGAAUGAUGAUUGUGUCACUCCUAAGUUAAGAGAUGCCAAAGUGGAAGAUCUCCGGAGUUUAACCAGGUUCUUUGGCUGCAGUACUGAAACAUUUGUAUUGGCAGUUAAUCUACUGGACAGAUUUCUGUCAUUUAUGAAGGUGAGACCAAAACAUCUACCUUGUCUUGGAAUAAGUGUCUUCCAUCUAGCAGCAAAGACUAUUGAGGAAGAAUGCAAUGUUCCUUCUGACCAUGAUCUCCUUCGCAUCAGCCACUGCAAGUUUACAGUGUCUGAUCUCAAGAGAAUGGAAAAUAUUGUCUGUGAAAAACUGAAUGGAGAACUCAAGGCUGUCACGGCCUUCCAUUUUUUGCACCUGUAUCAUGCCUUGGCACACUACCAUAUAACUGAAAAGAAAGAAUACCUGAUCCUUGAUAAACUGGAAGCACAACUGAAAGCCUGCAGCUGCCAAUUUUUGUUUUCAAAGGCUAAACCAUCUGUAUUGGCUUUGUCUCUUUUGACCCUUGAAGUUGAGCACCUGAAAUCUGUAGAUUUGUUUGAGAUUAUACUGCGUAUUCAAAAACAUUCCAAGAUAAGCCAUCGUGAUUUGGCAUACUGGCGUGAAUUGGUCUCAAAAUGCCUGGCUGACUAUUCUUCACCUGAAUGCUGCAAACCUGAUAACAAGAAAUUGGUGUGGAUUGUUUCAAGGCGUACGGCACGUCACUUGCAGAACAGUUACUACAGUGUUCCUGAACUGCCAACAAUUCCAGAAGCUGGCUGUUACAGUGAAACAGGAAGUGACGAUUCUUGUGAAGAAAUGAGCUGCGGUGAAGGUAGCCCGAGUAGUUCCCCAAGGAGUGACACAGCAGAAGAAUUCUUUCCUGAAGGCUUCUUGCAUCAAUCUAAGUGGCAAAAUCAUCUGGGUUUCCAAACUCCAUCUGCAAACUCGUUGUAGAUCAGUGGGUCGCACACUUGUGCAUCUAAGCUUUUAAAUUGUCCUGAGGCAUUCUUUUUUUUAGUGUAAAUGUGGUUUUGAGGUGUUGUGCAUUAAGACUUCCACUGAUCUUGUCUGCAUAACCUAGAGGUCCUGCAGCCCCCAAAAGUAUCCUUUUGGCUAUGUACUUUGCAGUAAUUUCCCAGUGGCAUGAGAACACUUGCUCUCUUUGCAACAGUAACAAAAACAGCUGGAGAUUUGUGAAAUUUCUCCAGGUACUACUUAACCUACAACCACAUUAAGCUGGUCGAAAGCUUUGAGUUUUAGCCAGACAGAAUUACUUUUGGCUGGACACUUUUAUUUGGGAAAUUUGCCUUUAAGUGCUUCCCACUUUGAGCAAAUUCUAUUUGUAUUGAUUUUAAUAACAGUAUAUGGUAAUAUAUUAUGUUGCUUUAAUUUUUAAUUGUGGAUGGUAUCAACCAAAAAACACAUUCCUUCAACACAUUCAUAUAAAACACUUUCUUGAGAUUGACUAAAAUGACAUGCAAAGUCAUUUUCUCAAAUCAGUCAUUUAAAACUUUACAAGUACAUCCCUCAACUAUUUAAUUUGCAUAAAAUAUGAAAGUUUAUGUAUGUUUUGCAGAGUUUCCUAACACUCGUGCUCUUUGUGAAGCAUUGUUUUUUGUUUGGUUGUGUACUGUCCAUAUUGGCAGAAAUGAAGGACAACAUUAAUGUAUUCCUUGGGAGAGCCACACUUGUAUUUUUAAUAUUUAAAAAAAAAUCCAUAGCUGAGUGAAUUGGGUGCUUUAAGUAUGGCUUUCCCUGCUUGAAACUGGUGGUUCUAAUAGUACCAGUUUUCCUUUAUGAAAUUUUUAAAAAUUGCUUUUUAGGAGCAGUUAAAUCGAGGGGAAAAUGUAUCGAUGCUGAUGUUUCUAUGUGUAGAUUGCAGUUGCACAGCUGUUUCAAGUGAUUGAUAAUGAUGUGGUUAUUUGUUAAGGUUAUUAAUAUUUGAAGACUGACUUGAAUAGUAUCUGGGAAUUAAAUCCCUAACACCCAUUUUCAUUGGAAUUGGUAGUGGGGAAGGGAUUAUUUGUAAAAAUGAGAGAAGUGAAAAUAAUUGGAUAAAAUGGGAAUGUGCUCAGUCAAGGUGUUCACUGUGCCCUUAAAGGGGCUGAGGGGUUCUUUCAUGUUUUCUGCUCCAAAAAUUAAAUUACCCAAUAUUUAGAACAUCAAUGUUCCAUUUGGAAUGAAUUGAUCAUUUAAGUCUGGUAACUUUAUACUUGGAUGUAGAUUGUAAACCUUAAUUGCUGGAAUUCCUAAAGCAACAGUGAUGCCACUUUUCAGUGUUUAACAAAGCAGCCAAUGUGCACGUUUGUGUUCCUGUCCAUCUGUAAUCUUGCAUUUCUCUCCCUUUUCUUCCCCCACCUCCACCCACUUUUCACAGGCUGUGUUACAAUGACAGAUGUACUAGCAUCUCAAGUCUAUCAGCUUAGUCUGUCGCUUCAGCUGAUCUGAAAAGAGCCCAGAUCAUUUGAGUUAAGCAUGUCUUUUGUAAUGUUCAAAUGCAAGCUUUUUCUUUUUUUAAAAAAAGUGCCAUCUGGAGGAGGGGUCCUCGUCUAAAAUGUGCAAAUAUUAUAGAUAUGAGAGUAUGGUGGCUUUGACAAUACUCUUAAGCAGCAAUUACCUCAGUCAGGAACCUUUAUUGGUAUGGUUAAGUUUUGUAGCAUCUGGUGGUUCAAGUGCAAACUAGAUAUUUUUGUCAAGGACUUUACCAUGUGAUUUUUAGUAAUGUACAGGUUGGCAUAGUUGGUCAAUGAAUACACUUUCUUAGUUUAUAUUCUGCAGAAACAGCAAAAAGCUACUUCCUAUCCAAUGUGGGUGUUUGCCAGAAAAAUCCUAGUUUAUAAAAGGUAUAUAGAAAAUUGUAUAGAAAGUGUAAAUGCACAACUUAAAUAUACAGGAAAAAAAGUGCACUUAUUUUUUUCCCUAUUCAGGUAUGAAAGCAAUCCAAUGCACUUAAAGGAUGUAUGUAGCAUUGUUCAAUUGUGUAGCAUUGUGUAAAAAUUCUCUGUAGAUACUAACUUAUUGUACAUUUCCAUUUUAUAAAUACUGUGCCACUCAUCAGUUGUACUGCUACCAAGAGAUGCUUGGUAAAUAAAUACUCUUUUUGAAAUUGUUGUACAUUAUUCAGAACCAGUCAUAUUUCAUGUAAUCCACCUUGCUUUCGUUUAUGCAGUAUUAUCCUUGGAGCAUCAUAACCACAGGUUGUUCAUUAUUCCACUCAAAAUUUGUGGAGCUGAGUGAGGUUAUUUAACAUAUGAGGA